AUGGCCUCUCAAGAAUUUACUGUAUUGUACACUCACCAGAAAAUGAAAAAAUCAAAAACAUGGCAAGAUGGAAUUCUGAGGGUUAGAACUGGCAGAAAUAAGGCUAUUUUGCUUGAUGAUCAUGGACAAUUUUUGGAGAGCAUUUUUAUAAAUUCUCAGGUGAAUGCUGGCGAUAAUUUAGAAAGUGAACGGUAUUUGAUCACAGUUGAAGCAGUAAAAGUGACUGAAAAAUCUUUUGAAGAUCAGCCAAGGAAGGCAGGAACUCCAACAGUGGACAGGAACAGUGUCACACCUGGUGUUCUGCCUCCGAGACACCUGUCGGUCGGCUUGAAAAGGAAGUUUACAGGUUUCCAAGGGCCACGCCAAGUUGAAAAGAAAAUAUCAAAGGAUACAGAAACAAAUCUCUCUGCAGAGUUUCGUGAAGAUACGCUUACAGAUGAUGAUAGAGGGCACAUGUCUCUUUCCUCACUGCUUUCAGCUCCGUCUCUUGACAGAUAUGAGGAGACGGAGAAGCAAAACUCUUACCAGUUCACUGUGAAGCCAGAAUCUCCUCUCUUUACUGGGCAUGCUGAACCUAGUAGUCAGCCAGCUGGUCACAGCGCCGUGUCACGCAACAUCAGGAGCAUGGCACAGAUAAUCGCCCUGUUGAAGUCUGAACCAAUACAGGGAUGCAGAGAGCAAACAAUGUCUGAAGUCACAGAAGGUAUUUCCAGGUUUCGGGCAUCAGAAAACGCAGAUAGUUUGUACAACCAAAAAAGCAGAAUCCUACCUGUGUUUUCAGGCCACUCUGCCAAAAGACACAUAGAAGAUACUCAGCACCUGCCUUUUACGAAGGGAACUGUACAUGAUAAAAAGGAAUGGAAUGCUGAAAUGCUUCUAAGUUCAGCUGAACAAGUUUGUGAUAAAGAAGUUGCAGGACAGAGACGUGACGAAAGGGCAAAUAAUUUAAGUCAAGGUUUGCAAGAUCCCUGCAAUACAAAUAAUUGCUUCCUACCUGAAUCCACCAGAAGUAGAAUGAGUGAUAGUCAGUUUUUCCCAUCCUCGGGUGAUGUUUUGUGUUCAGCAAGUGCAGUCACCUUUGGACAAAAUCUCUCCGGAUGCAGGGACCAUGCAGUGGCUAUCGGUCUUAAGGAAGAUUCAUCUGUGAAGUUGCAAAGUGAGUUUCAGCCGAGUCAGAAUUCAGAAAGAGUGCCUGGUGAGCCGGAGCUCUCUGCGGAGGUAACAUCAACUGAGAUGGGAAUGGUAAAGGAAGCAUUAAGUACCCACGGCAAAGACUGCGGUCCAGAUGAAGAGGUGAUGGAGGUUAACUUUAAUCUCAUGGAAGCUUUUGAUUUUAAUGACACAGACAAUGAAGAACUGUGUGAAAGAGAUGUGAAUAAGCUCGCUGAAGGGGACAUGCUUUCACAAAGCCCAGGUUGCUUAAAGGGGGAAGAUGUAGCACAAAACAGUGCACUGAGACUUCAUUCUUGCUGUGAAGUAGUGCCACGGGGCAAAACCGAAGAAGUUGAAUGUCCAAGAUUUGACAGAGAGAUCGAUGGAAAUGACUGCAUUGGGGGUACACCGUCUCAGCUUUGUGACAACAGUGUUGGAGAUACAGGGAGAACUGCGGAAGACUUUGCAAACCAGACCAGAACUGCAGUGGAACUUCUGGCUCAUGGGCAUGAUGUAAAAGAGAGCAACGAAAGUCAAUUAAGUGUUGAAGCCACAGACAAUAAGAAGGAUCUUGAUGGCUGUGCAGGGCAUGCCAUUAAUGGCAUUUCAUGGAUAAAAAGCAAAAACUUGGGACUUUUGUCUGGUGACACAAACAUUAAUGAAUGCCACCCUAAAACCAGUAUGUUUGAGAAAACUGAAAGUAUUUCAACCAGCAGAAUAAUUUCUGCAGUGGACAAAAGGGCUGAUGAUGUUAUACAGCCUGGAUGCACGAAAUCUCCAGGUGUUGAUUUAGAGCACUUCUGGGCUGCUCAGAGUGAUGGCAUUAAACCAGGGAGUCCUAUGCUGGCUUUGUCACAAAAAUCCGAUCCUAGCUACGGCUCAUUCCACUAUAUUGCAGAAGACCCUCAGAAGGUAUUUAACAUCUCUCAUAACGAAGAUACUCUCAUUUCCAGAAGUUCUACCUAUCCUUUAGCAAAAGGCUGUUCAUCUCCAGAGGAAACAGCAAUAGGUGAAACUGAGUUGGAAAAUGUAGAGACCAUAAAUGCCUUUCCUGAAGUCUGCAAAGGUGAAAGAAUAGGAAUGGAUUGCCUGAAAUGCCCAGCAAGGGCUGAAAAUUCAUCAGAUCUUCCUAAUUUGGUAAAUGAUAUCGCUCUUCUAAGAGCUUUGACUCAACAUAGGACAGCGUUAGAAAGCUUACAAAAGAUGGAGGAAAAUAAUAGCAUAUUGUAUGAAGCAGAGACUUCAAAAGAGAUAUUUGAUCCCCUUGUGAAAGGCAAAGGUUUAAGAACUCUUCAUAAGGAGGAUAUCAGCGUUAUCAGAGAAGAGAAUUGCCAGGAGUCUAACAUGAUGAAAGAGUCAAGAACAGAUCCAUCCCCACAGGAGACACCCAGCUAUCCAGGGGAACGGAACCUCUCAAGAUUCAAACCCGCAGGUAAAAGGCGAACUCCAUUUGUCACUCUUCCUGCCGCGGAGAAGAUUCCUGGUGCGCUUUAUCCAGGUGACAGCGAGGAUGUCCAGCAGUCUGUCGGCUCUUCAGCCGUCCGUUUAUGCAACAAGUCAGCGGUAUUUCCUAUGAGUGCUUUUAGCCCCGAGGACAGAAAUUAUGAAACCUCUUUGUUUGAGGAAUAUCCGAGAGACAGACAAAGGGAAUCCAUACAAUCAGUGUUCCCUAACGUGACUUCCAAAUACAGACAAAGCAAGUGGCUGAAGUAUCAAAACAGUGUUCAGUGUGACUUGAUAACUCAAAACAGCGACAAUGGGGAAGUGAACAAUGAUAUCUGUGCGGAGAACAUCCUUGGAAUGCCAGUGGGUGACAUAGGAGGCGGCAGGGCCGUGAAUAAAAGCGCUCCCGGCUCUGCGCCUCUCCUGACAGCCGAGAGUGUGCUUGUAAAAUAUGCUGUUCUUCCUAAAAGAAAAAUUUCCAUACCAACUGUGUUUCAGUCUCAUGUUCACUACAUACAGAUCUUUAAAGCCGCUCUGACAGAGCAAUUAAACAUAAUACUGUUUGAGCUGUCACAAAGAUUACACAAUGCUCUGUCAAAAGUGGAUGUAUCGUUUUGCACUCCAUUGAAAGAUGGCCAAAGUGAGAGCAAAGAACGCUGCGUUCCUCUCUGCAACCACAUGCAUCCUGCUAAGCUUGUUAUGGUUAAAAAAGAAGGUCAAAACAAGGGUCGUUUGUUCUAUACCUGUGAUGCCCCAAAAGCUGAGCAGUGUUCGUUUUUCAAGUGGAUAGAAGAUGUGAACCCCACCCAGACAAAAUCCAGACCUAGCGUAGUGCUCCGCGAUAUGGAGAGUAUUGGGACGUACCUCAGAAGUCAAAAGAUUCCUCUCUAUGAGGGAUGCCAGCUAUUGGUGAGGAAAGCCUUUGAAAUUCAAACACAGCCGUGCAGUAAGUUCAAGAAGUUUAUGAAUACAUCUGCCAGAUUUGAUGGUGAUUCCAAAACCAAAUUAUACCUCAGACUAAGCAGAAAGGAGCAUUAUUCUCUCUAUAGCAAAGAUGACAUUUGGGUUGUUUCGAAGACUCUCACCUUCAAUCCCCUUGAAACUUUCAUUGCCACUAGUGCUUUCUAUGGACCAUCCUCCAACAAUGAAGUAGAAUUACUACCAUUGAAAGGCUACUGCCCCUCAAACUGGCGAUCCAAUGAGUUUGUGCAUGCCUUGCUGGUUUGUAAUGCGAGUGGUGAGCUCACAUCUUUAAGAAACCUGGAGGAGCACUUCAAUCCAUCUACAUUACCACUAAUACCACAUCUACUAAAGAUGAAUUUCGAUUCUCAAAACGCUACUCGUAGAGUCAAAGGAAGAAAGUUUGUUCCACCUGCUGUCAGCCUGAAGCACACUAGGAUGUGCGGGCCUGCCAGCACUGAAGUGGCAAUGGGACUGGCGAACAAGAUGAUCCAAACCUUCUCGUUGAACCCGGAUCAAGCUGUAGCGCUGCUUCAGAUAGCUGAGAUGAUGACCUCGUCUGGAAAUACCGAACCAGCGGAAGAACAUCAGGGCUUCCCUAUCAGAAUCAUACACGGUGUUUUUGGAGCUGGAAAGAGCUACCUGCUGUCUGUUGUGAUCUUGUUCCUAGUACAGCUCUUUGAAAGCAGCAAAGCUACGGAGGGUCCAAGGCCAGCUCCAUGGAAACUUCUCAUUGCUUCUUCCACUAACGUUGCCGUUGACAGGAUCCUGCUGGGUCUACUUGAUCUUGGAUUUGAGGAUUUUAUCAGAGUGGGAAGUAUUAGGAAAAUCACCAAAGCAAUUCUUCCCUAUAG